AUGUUUUCUUCGUUACACGUUGUUCGUCCCCUGUUUGUUAUUCUUUUCAUUUGGGCUUCCAGCACCUUCCUGAGGCUUCCGACGUUGCUCUGGAACAACCCAACAGGAGGUGUGAAGAGAGUGUGUGGUCAGGAAAAAGAAGCUCAACGUAGUAAAAAGGAAAAAAGAAAGAAGGUGUGUCUGCCUAUCAUGUCAUCCCUCUCUGGAGAGCUCCUGCAACUGAUAGACCUCUUCAAGAGUGGCGCCCUCACCGAGGAGGAGUUUAAGGCUGCGAAGGAUAUCACCAUUAAGCGACACGGCCAACCAAUUGAAACGGAGCAAUGCAGGGGUCCGCAACCACCGCAGACCGCUCCCCCCAGGCAAGUGGCAGACAUCAGCGGGUUCGGUGAAGAUGUAAUCGGGCGAUUACAGCGGCAGUGCGCCUACGAUAUACUAGAAACGGUUGUUCGGAACCUCCGGCAGUUUCCCAAUGAAGCAAGGUACAGGCGACUGCGGUGCAACAAUAGCAAGUUGCAGUCUCAGCUCUUUUGUGUUCCCGGGGCUACGACUUUUCUGGCUUCACUUGGUUUUGUAGCCUCAGACGAUGAAACUGACUGUCCCGGGGACGAGUGCCUUGUGCUUCCACAUGCACCUCAACAGCAAUUGCUUGACCAGGCGCUGCAGGCUAUAAGUUACCUACGUCGUCGGGAAGAGGAUGCACGAGCCAACGAGCCAAAUUAUGUGCAGUUGCGCCAAAAUUUGCGACUUGAAGUGCGACGCGAGCGGUGUGAGAAGGCAAAGGCUGUCGGAGAACUGCGCUCUUACAUUGCUCAAGAGUUUUCUGCAGACGACGCGGGUGACGGACUUUACACUUCCGCGAGCAACAUUGAAACUCUCCGCACCGCGUUAACGAAUAUGAUUUUGCAUCCCAUGGAGGAGAAAUAUCGUAGGUUGCGACUUCGUAACCGAGUGGUGUACAAAAGUGUAGUGCAGCAGCGAGGGGCGCUGGAGCUGCUUGUGGAGUAUGCGGGGGGUAAAUUAGUGGAGGAGUCUGGGGAGUCUGCCUUGGUCUUUCGUGAUGAGUCCGGCGCGACAGAGAGAGAGUUGCAGUAUGCGCUACGAGUGUUGGAUGAAGUGGAGGCCUCUGUUCGGGCUGCUCGGGAAGAGCUCAGGCAACGUGACUAUGAAGAGGCAAGGAGGGCAAUGCGCGCAGAACUGCUUAAUGCAAGAAGGAUGGGCGAACAGCAGAAGCGGCAGUGUGAAAACGAAGAGGCGCGUCAGGUGUCAGAUGCAACCAAAAGAGAAGGUGAGGGGGCCCCGCAACUGCAGGGCCAUCGUGUUCCAUUGAAGGAAGCAGUGAAGAUACUCAUGGGAAAGGGAGGUGACUCGAGGUUCGGGUACCGAGAAGAGUAA